UGGUAUGUGGAAAUAUGAAAGGAUGAUAUUUAAAGUCGAGGGAUUUUGUAAAUUUCCCCCUCCCCGGUUUGAAGGAGUAGUAGAUUUGCAGCAAUGAUAAUGUAAAUGCCAGAUUGUCGAAGAUAUUGUCAGGCCGGCAACUCAAGUCGACUAGCUACCAAUAUUUUUUUUUUUUUGUUGGCUUAGUCUUUUGCUUGCUUGCCAUUUAAAACACUCUCGUGACUCCCACCACUGCUGCUCCGCUCUCUCUCUCUCUUUCUUUGCCCCUCUCUUCCUAUAAUCUAUACCAACCAGCGACUCAAUGCCUGGCUGACUUUCAAGUUUCACCUCAGAUCUCUCCGCCUCCUCUCGUUUGCUUCCGAAAGUUUUUAGUUAUAGGGAUCCCCAGAAGUUAAAUCCAUUUCUGCCACUGUCAAAUGACCUUUGACAUGGCUCAGAGUGCUAGGACAAUCGGAUCUUCCUUUAACUCCAGCAGUGGCAAUGAUGAUACUCUCCUUCAAAGCUUUGCUGCUGCUCCAAAUGGGGAUGAUUAUGAUAGUGAUGGCUCCAAUUUUGCACCCCCUACUCCUACAACCAUAUCCACAGCAAUUCCUGCAGAACUUGCUGGUGUCAUACCUUUGAUUGAUAGAUUUCAGGUUGAAGGAUUCUUAAGGAUGAUGCACAAACAAAUCCAUUCUUCUGGAAAGCGUGGAUUCUUUUCCAAAAGAUCUGUAGGUCCUCAAGUUCGGGAAAAAUUCACAUUUGAAGAUAUGUUGUGUUUCCAAAAGGAUCCUAUACCAACUUCGUUGCUUAAAAUCAACUCUGACUUGGUGAGCCGAGCCAUAAAACUAUUCCAAAUAAUCUUGAAGUACAUGGGUGUUGACUCUUCUGAUCGAGUUAGUGCAACAAGCUUAGAUGAACGAAUUGAACUUGUUGGAAAACUGUACAAGCACACUUUGAAACGUUCAGAGCUACGAGAUGAACUUUUUAUCCAAAUCUCUAAGCAAACUAGAAAUUCUCCUGAUAGGCAAUAUUUAAUCAAAGCAUGGGAGCUGAUGUAUUUAUGUGCAUCAGCUAUGCCUCCUAGCAAGGAUAUUGGUGGAUAUUUAUCAGAGUAUGUUCAUAAUGUUGCUCAAGGCGUAAGUACUGAUCCGGAGGUUCGAGUUCUUGCAUUAAAUACACUGAAUGCUUUAAAGCGUUGCAUGAAGGCUGGUCCCAGGCAUAUAAUACCUGGUCGUGAGGAAAUCGAAGCUCUUUUGACAGGCCGAAAACUUACAACUAUUGUAUUUUUUUUGGAUGAAACUUUUGAAGAAAUUACAUAUGAUAUGACAACAACGGUCGCUGAUUCUGUUGAGGAACUUUCAGGUGUUAUAAAACUAUCAGCACACUCUAGCUUCAGUCUUUUUGAAUGCCGUAAGUUCGUUAGUGGAGCUAAAGCACUUGAUCUAGGGAAUGAGGAGUAUGUUGGGCUUGAUGAUAACAAAUAUAUUGGAGAUCUGCUAGCAGAAUUCAAGGCAACAAAAGAUCGAAGCAAAGGAGAAAUUCUGCACUUCAAGUUGACAUUUAAAAAGAAGCUGUUUAGGGAGUCUGAUGAAGCUGUUGUGGACCCAAUGUUUAUACAACUAUCAUAUGUUCAGCUGCAGCAUGACUAUCUGUUGGGGAAUUAUCCUGUUGGAAGGGAUGAUGCUGCACAGCUUUCAGCAUUACAAAUCCUUGUUGAAAUUGGAUUUAUUACCAGUCCAGAAUCUUGCACUGAUUGGAAUUCGCUUCUAGAAAGAUUUGUACCGAGACAAAUUGCCAUAACAAGACCAAAGCGAGAGUGGGAGUUGGAUAUUCUCUCGCGUUUUCGUUCAAUGGAACAUCUGACAAAGGAUGACGCAAGACAACAAUUUCUUCGAAUAUUGAGAACACUUCCUUAUGGGAAUUCAGUUUUCUUUGGCGUCCGGAAGAUUGAUGAUCCCAUUGGACUUCUACCUGGACGAAUCAUUUUGGGUAUCAACAAGAGAGGGGUUCAUUUCUUCCGUCCAGUUCCAAAGGAGUAUUUACAUUCUGCUGAAUUAAGAGAUAUAAUGCAGUUCGGUAGCAGUAACACUGCAGUCUUUUUUAAGAUGAGAGUUGCGGGUGUCCUACACAUUUUCCAGUUUGAGACCAAGCAGGGAGAAGAAAUUUGCAUUGCUCUCCAGACACACAUAAAUGAUGUCAUGUUGCGUCGUUACUCUAAAGCUCGAUCUGCUGCUGUUGGCUCCAUGCUUGGAGACUCUUCCUGCAACUUGAAGACUCAAAGUGUGGAAGCAUAUGAGAAACGAGUUCAAGAUUUGAGUAAGGGCAUUGAAGAGUCUAAGAGAAAUGCUGAACAAUUGCUGAAGGAAUUGCAUGAAAAGAAUAAGCAAGAAGUGGUAAUGCAAGAAGAAUUGGAAGCUCUAAAAGAAUCUUUGAGAUUUGAAAAGCAGAACUUAGCUGAGGCAACACAUAAUCUUGAGAGGUUGAGAUCGCAAUAUGAUGAAAAAGACAAUGAACAUCAGAUCAUGUUAACCGAGAGAAGGAGUCUGGAAGCAAAAAUUGCAAAAUUGAGCACUAUGAUGUUGGAAAAUAAUGGGAAAAAAGAUACGGUUGGAAUUGAUGAACAGCUUCUACAAAAACUUCAAGAUGAGUUGAGGCUUCGAAAUGAUGAGUUGCAAGCGUCUGAAGAAAUUAGAAAGAAACUGGUAAAUGAAAAGCUGUUCUUGGAACAAAGAAUUUUUGGACUUGAGAAGAAGACUAGCAAUGAGAUGGAACAUCUCCAGAUAAGCUUUGAACAUGAACGCAAAGUCUUGAAGCUGAGAGUGGCAGAACUUGAAAAAAAACUUGAAGAAGUAACUCAAGAACUAGCUGUCAUGGAGUCAACUCUCACGACCAGGAACUCUGAUUUGGCGGCCCUGCAAAAUAAUUUGAAGGAACUAGAGGAACUACGAGAGAUGAAAGAGGACAUUGACCGAAAGAAUGAGCAAACAGCCAACAUUUUGAAGAUGCAAGGGGCUCAGCUAGCUGAGAUGGAAGCGCUUUAUAAGGAAGAGCAAGUUCUGAGGAAACGAUAUUUCAACAUGAUAGAAGAUAUGAAAGGAAAGAUUAGAGUUUAUUGUCGGCUUCGACCUCUUAAUGAUAAAGAAAUUAUGGAAAAAGAGAAAAAUGUGCUUACUAGUCUAGAUGAGUUCACAGUUGAACAUCUAUGGAAGGAUGAUAAGCUGAGGCAACAUAUGUACGAUCAUGUAUUUGAUGGCACUGCCUCCCAGGAAGAUGUUUUUGAAGAUACACGGUAUCUUGUCCAGUCUGCUGUAGAUGGUUAUAACGUAUGCAUCUUUGCUUAUGGUCAAACUGGUUCUGGGAAGACAUUUACAAUAUAUGGAUCUGAGGACCACCCUGGAUUAACACCUCGUGCAAUUGGAGAACUUUUUAGGAUUUUGAAGCGGGAUAGUAACAAGUUCUCAUUUUCUUUGAAGGCUUACAUGGUAGAAUUAUAUCAAGAUACGUUGGUAGAUCUUCUUCUGCCAAGGAAUGCAAAACGAUCGAGAUUAGAGAUAAAAAAGGAUACAAAGGGAAUGGUAUCCAUUGAAAACGUUACAAUAGCUUCUAUCUCAACAUUUGAAGAAUUAAAAAGUAUUAUUUAUAGAGGAUCGGAGCAACGGCAUACUUCAGAGACUCAAAUGAACGAAGAAAGUUCAAGAUCACAUUUGAUACUUUCAAUUGUUAUUGAAAGUACCAACCUUCAGACGCAAUCUGUUUCUAAAGGGAAGCUUAGUUUUGUUGACCUUGCGGGAUCAGAGAGAGUGAAGAAAUCAGGCUCUUCUGGUAGCCAACUUAAGGAAGCUCAAAGCAUAAAUAAAUCACUUUCGGCACUUGGAGAUGUCAUCAGUGCUUUGUCUUCAGGGGGUCAACACAUACCUUACAGAAAUCACAAGCUCACUAUGUUGAUGAGUGAUUCACUCGGUGGUAAUGCCAAAACGCUCAUGUUUGUCAAUGUCUCUCCAGCCGAAUCCAACCUGGAUGAGACAUACAAUUCACUCAUGUAUGCAUCAAGAGUUCGAUCAAUUGUUAAUGAUCCAAGCAAAAAUGUAUCUUCUAAGGAGGUUGCUCGACUGAAAAAAAUGGUUGCUUAUUGGAAAGAACAAGCAGGUAGAAGGGGAGAGGAUGAGGAGCUGGAAGAAAUCCAAAACGAGCGACAUACUAAAGAAAAAGGAGACGUUAGAUAUUCCAUGUAGAACCUUUAGUACGUUGCAAUUAUCAAGUAUAUAGCUUGGUAGGUAGGGUUGGACGAUGAGAAGUGAAUUGACUAAAUGCCAUUUGUUACCAUUCUUACGUCUGAUUGAAUAUUGCCCAUUGGAAAUUUGGUUUGUAACUAGCUUAGCUUUUUUAGGAUGUCUUCCAUUGUAUAGUUCGAGUAGUUUUGUAUUGUAUAUAUGGACAAAUGUGUUGUCUUAUCUAUAGGCUACUUCUGUAAUUAAUGAAUACUUCAGCCCCCCGGGUACUUCUGUUUUGAUUUGAAUGAACUUUCAAUUCCAUCCAGCUA